AAUGGAAAAUAAGGAACAGCAAAAUGUUUUGGUAAAAUUCAUAAUAUAAUAUAUAUAUAGUGUGAAACCAAAUAAUAAGUAUGUGAAAACUACGUAGCCUUCCAAAAUUUCUUCGAACAAUUACCUAAUCAAAUUACAAGUAAAUGAUUCAAAAAAGAAUGAUAGGUCUUAAAAAGCAAUAUAUUUUGGAUAUGGCAACAGUCAAUUCAAGAUUUGUAAUAUUGUGCUUAGGGGCUUUGAGCAGUGCAGCUCUGACAGCUAGAAGUAUUAAGAAUACAAAAUUUAAUAGUCUCUCCUUCUUUCAUCAAAGUUACACGUAAUACAGUGUUGACAUAUGUUGGAGCAGGUCUGUUUGUUGUCCCUGAAGUGUUCAACCCAUACUUAAUUUUUAGAUAAUGAUUAUUGU